AGACCCAUACGCGCAUUGUGUGUUUUUAUUUGUUUGUUUGUUUGUUUGUUCCCAAUUUCCGAAACAAAUGUAAAAUUCGAUUGCAAAUCCGAUCAAUUUCCAUUGAACGAUCGCUUAAACAUACGAUCGCAUCAUGUUUUAUUCUUUGCUUGUUCUUUUAUUCUUCUCUGGAAACGUUAAGUAUUAAUCGGUUUCGUUUUAUCAUCAUAGAACAUAAAUGCCGAUUCUGAUAAGCCAUUCUAGAGAUUCCACGAAAGAGAGCGUCAUUAAACGGUGACACGCAAUUUCAAAACCAUUUAAACUAAUGAAAACACGGUGAAAAUUCGUGUUCUCAUGAAGAAACAACAUAUUAAUUUAAAAAGAAAAAAAGAAAACAAUCGAACCGUAAAAAAUCGAUAGAAAUAGAUUGGGUUUUUAGUUCCGUGAAUUCGUUACCAUAAGCUAGAAACAGGAGUUUCACGUUAAUUAUGUGUUGGCUUAAUCUUCAUCACACGCCGAGAGACUAGACAAAGUCAUUCUUGAAACGUUGCUUAUUUGAGAAAUAUGCGUCGAUCGUUCUGAAAUUAACAAUAAAAAACAAAAUUAACAAAAAAUAAAACCUAAUGUUAAAAAAAAGUAAAUCGAACCACUGAAGAUGAAAGAGAUAUCACAUCUCAUCGCGCAUUUGGCGAAAUUAAUUGUUGUCAUAGUUUUUUAUUUUUUUCUUCUUCUACAUAUGCCAGGAGGACAAACUCGUUCUCUCGGCUUUAAACAAAGCAAAGCAAAAGCGCGAUCAACAUAAAAAAUAAACUCAACCAAUUGAAUAUGCAUAACUUAAUGGAUUUUUUCCCUUCGCUGUGCAUAAAACCAUUUCAACACGGUUUAUACUUUUUUUUGUUCAUAGCUCUCAUUUUGAGAUUUUCGCCUCACAAAUGAAACCGGUUCAGAUAGUUGCAAAUACUUUUUUUUUACACAAUUUUUUUUCUACACUCCACAAGAGUCCAACUUUUUAUGUUGAUUAUUAUUUUUUUUUGUCGUCGCUUCGUGUUUGACAUUUGUUUACGGUUGCAAGCAAACAGAAGAGUGGAAAAAAAAUAGACAGAACAGCAACCUGCGUGUUUAUGUCCAUCAAAUCACGUGUGGGGAUUGUUGAGAAUUGGACCUUUCGUUGAAGCAUGCGCAUGUGCGCACGAUCGUUUGAUCGUAACAGGACAUGCAGCUAAUCACAUUCGAUAUUUCAGCUCACCGCUCAUUGACACCGGCCAAAUGGAUUUUGCUGCAUAAAUCGUUUGCAUUCAUUUUCUAUGCAAAAAUUGUCACACAAAAACUAGAAGAGUGAGCGAAUGUGUGAAACGAGGAAAAGCCAUGAAACGUGUGUGCGAUGCUAAAAUUAUUUUUGCUCAUAUUUUUGCGCUCUCAUGGGCGCAAGCGCGCUCGUUUGCGCUUGUGCAUUGAGCUUUAAAAAAAUGCAAAUUAAUUGCGCAGAGACAUUAAAAUCGUCGUCCCCAUCGUAUUGCGAUUUCUCCACUAUCUUUAUAAUAUUAAGUAGUCCUAAACCUUGUCCAUACAACUAGUUUUUUCUUCUUCUGCUGCUGCUGCUGCUGCUGCUGCUGCUCUUGUCAUUGCUUCAUGUUUACUUUGUUAUUGUGAUUCGCGUGCACACUGGAAAUUACUCGGCAAUUCAUUGAUCGCCUUUAACUUUUACUCAUAUAUUUCAAUCAGGUGCAAUUAUUCCAUUAAAUGAAUUAUAUCAUUAAGACGAGAGUAAAAAAAAGGUAACACCCGACUCAAACUAGAUCAUUCAAUGUGCUAAAAAGCCAACAGAUGGUCGCAAAAGCUGAUCAUGCACAAUGUUUGCAUCGAUAUCGGUUUUUUGUCGGACUUUUUUCUCCAAUCGAAUCGAAAUAAAGAGAUAGUUGCAUAUGGACACGAGAAGAGUGAGCGGUGUGCAGAAUGUUUGGGUGUUUUUUAAAUGAAAAAUUCAAAUCUCGCAUGGACAUAGUACGAUCACUGGUUCAAAGGCUCUCUUUCUUUCGACGAAUGAAGCAAAACUCGUUUUUAUUUUAUCGAUUCACUUUUACGUCAAUCAAAAUUAAUUUGCAUUAUAUACAGAAUCAGCUUGGUUUUACUCCUCUCUUUUGCAUAGAAUCACUUUUUUCUCUUUCAUUUAAAUUCCAUUUUUUUUUCUACUUUUUCUCUUUCUUCUUGUUCUUGUUUUUGUUUUUCUUUCUUUCUUUCUCUCUCUCUCUCGCCCCCUUUCUCUUCUCUCUUUCUCUCUUUCUUAUUCAAUCUUGUAAAUGAUUUAACAGAAUAGAGAAAAAAAGAUAUCAAUUGCUGCCAAGCAAGUUCAUUAUUCAUAAAAAAAAUUGCACGUUGAUCGCGUACAAAAUGCUUCAUUAGAACAAUUGGGAGCUUUAACACGUGAGCUUUAUUAAAUGCGUCCAUUAAAAUGAAAAUGAUCAAGGCCACGUGAAUACACACAUUCACACCGCAUGCGCCACUCACGCAGAAUGGAAAGAAAUACGUUGAAAAAAGACAAACGAAAAGCUAAACGCGUGAAAAAACGAUUUUUUCUUUUGAGUGUACGCGUUCGCACAAGCCAAUUGAUUUGAUUUAUUACGAUCGGGUUAUCGUUAAUUCAGUCCGACGGAGUGUCACUCUUUACGUAAUUCAAGAAAUAUGUGCAUAAUUAGCGGCUCUUAAUAUCAUUUCACAGAACUUGUUGCUUAUUUUGUUUUUGUUUUGUUAUUUUUUGCUUUGCAUCUCCUCUAUUCUUGCAUCUUAUUAUAUCUCGUUUAUUUUUAGAGUCGCUAAAGUUCUUGGCUAUUUGUUGGUUUACAUUUCGUCUAUCAAUCACAACAUUGACUUAUGAAUACUCAUUAUAAAAGACUAAUGACAACAAAAACGAACAAACGAAACACAAAAAAAAAAACGAAAAAAAAUUAGUUACAAUGUUGUUUAGCCGCUUUCGUCUAUCGCACGCGACGCACACGUUCCACCAUUUGAAUUUGGGCGACCGAUUUCAUGCUAAUUGUUUGAAAAUAAUUUAUUUCGCACAUGAAACCAUAUUUAUAUCAUAUUUACAAUUCGUAACGCCAAUUAUAAAUAUUUAAUGCGUUUCGUUCGAUAAAUAAUACAUCGACCACAAUCGUCUCGAAUUUCCAUUUUUUUCUCGUUUUUUUUUCUGUGAUUCGUCCAAUUUUAAUUUUAAGCACCGUAUAAUGGCUCACACUUUAUUAUUCGAUUUUUUUGUCGGUGUUCCGAAUCCAAUUAUCGCAUUAAUGAGUGUUUUUUUAGUGUCAUUUAUUCCAUUUUUCAAUAAACCACAAACAUCGACAGUGCAGACAGCAACAUAUUUUGACGUAUGCUCUGUGAGAAUAACACCUGUCGAUUCGUUAGACAUUUUUUUUUAUUCACUCCAUUUUUUCCGAGUCAAAUUCAUUUUUUCCAACACUUUCUUAUCUUCAGCCAUCAGUUUUUCAAUUCACCAUUUAAAAUGGAGAAAAAAGGUGACAAAUUACAAUAUUAAAAUGAAACGGUGGAAAAAAGAUGAAUAAUUUUUGCAAUAAAUGGGAAGUGUAUAAAAGCUAUAAACAAGGUGUUAUAUUGCCAUUGUUACAAAUUUUAUCUCAAUCUUCCUCUCCCUCUCUUUUGCAUUGUGCGGUUGCUGCUUCUAAAGAUCUCAUUAGCAAUUGAAAUGAAAGUCCGAGGCAAGAAAAAAAUUCAUUCAAACAUUUUGAGAUGGAGAUUGCAUCAAUGUCCAAAAAUACAAUCGAUUCACCAGUUGUAGCAAUGUGUUGAAGGUCAAAGUUGCUGAAUGUUUUUUUUCGCUUCUUUCUCCCUUUCAACUUCCAAUUCUAUUUACCCUUGGCAUAGCUGUUAUUUUUGUAUUUCUCAGCUGUGGUCUGCGUGCUGCGUUUGGACCACAGCAAAAAAUUAAGAUUUGCGUUAAAUUCGGCUGUUAAAUGUUGCGCACAAAAUCAAUUAUUAACUGUUUAUUGAUAUGAAGGAAUUUUUGCCCGCGGCGUGCGAGCGGCCAGUCUCAUUUGCAUUUCAUGCCUGUUUGCAAAAUGCGAUAAGCAAGCCGCUUUUUGUGUGCUCCCCAAAUGCACUUGUUCACCGGCCCGUUGUCGAAUAAGUGUAUCAGUGUUUGCGCAGUUGCAAACGAAGAGACGGUCCAUUUAACUCAAUUGAGUGAUCUAUGUGUGGUAGACAAAGGCCCGGCCAAACAAUGCAACAACAACAACAACAACAACAACAAAAACGUGUAUACGAUGCGCAAAUAAUCGCAACAAUUAUCGUUUUCCAAUAAUUACACAGUAAUGUAUUCGCAUUAUGGGAUAAUAUGGGAUUUUGUUCUCUCUCACCUUGGCAUAUUUUUUUUUUAUUCAAUUCAUUCUGUCUAUUCGGAAUUUACGCUUUUGUUGAGCUUUAUUUUUUAUAGAAUUCGUAUUUGUUGUGUAUUUUUCGCGUUGUAAUAUCAUUUUGUUACUGCUGUUUAAUUAUUUAUGUAUCGCGCUGUUUGUUUUAAUUUGUAGAACAUUUUGCUGCAAUUUAUUGAGACAUGUGUCUCAUUAUAGUGUCAAAGCUGAUGGAAGUAGUUUGAUGUGCUUCUCUCUCACUCUUUUUUUCCCGUUUUUGCCGCUUCUCUUUUGCUUUGCAUCUCUUUCCCAUUCAUGCAUAAAUGCAGUUCAGGAAAUAUAUGUUCUCCGAUAAUGCUAGCAUUUUAUCGCGUCGCAAUCGAUUAUUGUAUGCGAUGUUGAAAUAAAUGGGCUGUUGGACUCUCGUUUCCAACUAAAUAAGAUCAUAUGAAAAAAGAACCAGUGCGAAUGAUUCAUUUUGAAUAAUGCUAUCACCGAUUUAGAAGUGUUACAAUGUUUUUUUUUUUAUUGAAACGUCUAAUUCGACAAAAAAUUGUCAACACACACAAUCAAAUUGAUUGAUUGAUUGAAUCAUCUUAUCGCUGUCCUUCUUACGUAAGAGCUUUUUUCAAAUCUAUCUCUGGAAUGCGACCACGGAAACCCAUGGAAACGAGGUCGACCGAGGGAAUGCAAUUGUAAAAUAAAUUGGAUAGGUCGGUCGGAUUCAAUCACACAAUCUCACUAUUUCAGAUUUGUUUCGGUUUAACGCUUUUUUUUCAGUUUGACAAUUUGGUCAAGAUCAAUUUCGAAAAAUAUAAUUUUUUUUAAUUAUUCGAGUGAUUGAUCAAUCUGCGUGUGGAUUUUUUUGAAUCUCAACAAAAAAAAUUUUUUGUACGAGACCAACUGGAUUUUACUGGACUAAUCAAAAUUUCAAAUAUCUCUUCAAUUUUAUCAAUCAAAGUGUGUUUCUACGACAGAAAUGGAUUGGUUGUUUUUCCUUUAUCAAAAAGUUAGGAAACAAACAAAGGAAAUGGCGUCAAUGUGAAUUGAAGUGAUUGAUUACGCAUUAAAUACGUCGAUCCGAGUGUGACGGAGCAUGAAGCGAUAAAAAAAAAAUGCAUUGUACCCCUUUGGGCGGAUGCCAACCAAACGUUAAAGUAGCAGAUUAACCCCAACAUCUGAUUUGCAUGGAAUAUUUUCGAACUUGAACGCCGUGUGACUCAUUUCAUCAGUUUUCUCCAGCGGAGAAACAAAAACUGUUUGUAGAUGGAAAAAAAGCUACGAUCAAAAAUUCCGAAUCGCAAACAACGCAAAAUAAAUUGUCAUGUGUGGUCUAGUCUGUCUGAUAAUCGUCGACCAAAUUGAUCAAUUUAGUGUAAUAGAUGUUGAUUAGGUGAAUCUGUGCGGCAUGAAAUGAACGUGAAAGCCACCAUUCAUUUCAAUUUUCUUUUUUCGUUCGAUCUCUGCAAAGUGAAUGUGUGAACGCGUACAAUCGAAUUCCUACAAAAUAAGAUGAGUCACAUUGGUGAAAUUGGUACGAGUGACUGCGAUUCAUCUCUCUCUCUCUCUCUCUUUCUCUCUCUCUCUCUCUUUCUCUCUCUCUCUCUCUUUCUCUCUCUCUCUCUCUUUCUCUCUCGACUCAGGAUGGCCACAUAUACACGUCAUGUUCAGAAUUAGUGACGGUGGUAACCAUCCAUGAAAUGGACGGCGGUAAUAACGUCACACGAGGAGAAGAUAAUUUAUUAGCGAAAAUGUGUUUCUAUCAGUAUCAUAUUUUCGAUCGAUAUAAGUCAUUAAUUUUACAGGUAUCAAUAGAUGUGCGUAUUUGAAAUCGAAGCAACAACAACCGAAACUAACAACACACACAUGAGACGCGAACUCGUUAGGCAAUUAAAAUAAUCAAACCGAACGGUUCAACGAAACAAAAAAAAAAAUUCUCGCUAAAAUUGAUAAUAAUCUAAUUGACUGAAAAUAUAGGUGCUGCGUACAUAAAUAUAAUAAUAAACAUAGAGCUGCGUUAAUAAAUCUUUCACAGAUUAUGUCUGAUAUUUAUUUAUUCGGGUGGAAAAAAAAGAUUAGAAACUUAUUUAGGCGAUUUCCAGAGUUAUUCUCAAUUUGUGCCGGACUGUUCACUCGCAUCAACGUGUUGUCUCUCUGCUGUUUUUUUUUUUGUUCAUUUCGGCUUAUUUUUUUUUUGUCGUUUGAUUGAGUUUUAUGAUAUUAACAAAAAGUUGGACACAUAAAAAAUUACAGUGAAAUCAUGUCGACGGAAAAGGACAAUAAGGGCUCGGUGUUUACGCUGAGCGAUUUUAAUUCAACGACGGUUUUAACGGAAAAAGUCGAAAAUGGAAAAGAAAGCGAGUACAAUCCGUUCGAAAACAGAGACCCGAAAAGCUCAAAUUCAACAAUGGGCUCACUUGCACAUCUGCUCAAAAGUUCGUUAGGCACCGGCAUUCUCGCAAUGCCCAUGGCAUUUAAAAAUUCCGGUUUAUUGGUGGGUGCGCUAGGUACAAUCAUUGUUGGAUUUAUUUGCACCCAUUGUGUUCACAUUCUAGUUAGAACCUCGCAUGAAGUAUGUAAAAAGGCCAAAGUGCCGGCACUUGGUUUUGCGGAAACAGCGGAGAAAGUGUUCGAAACCGGUCCGUUAGGUGCCAGAAAAUACUCGAGAUUCGCAAGAGCAUUUUCGGAAUAUGGCCUGGUUUUAACGUAUUUGGGUGCAAAUUGUGUGUAUAUCGUUUUCAUUGCAACAUCAUUCUCUAAUGUGCUUAACAGUCGUUUGGGUGUGGAUUGGGAUGUUCGCUACUACAUUGCCGUCGUGACAUUGCCAUGCAUAAUUCUCGGCGAAAUUCGGAAAUUGAAAUACUUGGUGCCGUUCUCAGCGAUUGCAAAUUUAUGUAUCGUUGUCACAUUUACCAUCACUUUGUAUUACAUGCUCAGCAGUCCAAUUAAACUUGAUCGGCCAAAGUUCUCCAGUUUCGGACAACUUCCUCUGUUCUUCAGCACUGUCAUAUUCGCAAUGGAAGGUAUUGGUGUGGUGAUGCCAGUUGAGAACUCCAUGAAAAAACCACAGCAUUUCCUUGGUUGUCCUGGCGUUUUGAAUACAGCUAUGUUUGUUGUAAUGUCCUUGUACACCGUCAUUGGAUUCUUGGGAUACGCAGUUUAUGGUGACGCAGUUGAAGCGAGUAUUACAUUGAAUUUACCAAAAGGAGAGCCUUUUGCUGAAGCAGCUAAUAUUUUGAUUGCGAUCGCAAUUUUGUUCACAUUUGGCCUUCAAUUCUAUGUGCCAAUGGAUAUUCUAUGGCGUAAAAUCGGACCAAACAUUCCAAAAGAUAGACACAACAUGAGUCAGAUUAUGUUCCGUGCUGGUAUCAUUUUGAUAAUGGGUGGUGUUGCAGCUGCUGUUCCAAAAUUAGAUCCAUUCAUUGGCUUGGUUGGAGCUGUUUUCUUCUCAAUUCUUGGUCUUUGCAUUCCUGCCAUCGUUGAGACUGUGUUCCGUUAUCCCGAUGAUUUGGGCAAAUUCAACUGGAUUGUGAUCAAAAAUGGUUUCUUGGUGGUGAUAUCAGUGAUUGCAUUGAUCACCGGUUCAUACACUUGCGUACUUGAAAUCAUUGAAAUGUACACGGGAAAGCACCACAAAUAAGAAGAAAAAUGUGCGCUUUCCAAGAAGAAGAGAGAGAAAAAAAAACCAUACAAACCAAUACUUGCUGCUUUCUAUUCAUUUUGUGGAGCAAACUAUGUCUAUAAAUGUAUAAAACAAUGCAAUCCUCGCUCUUAACAAUUAGUUAGCUGUUAAAAUUCCAUAUUUAUUCCGCGUAGAAGACAGAACAGGAAGAAACGUACAUUUUAAGCACAAAGAAAAUAUACAGUUCCAAGAAAUUAGUGAAUAAGAAAAUGACGGAUCCCAUUGCAUGUAAAAUUGCCUUUUUUAAGUACUAAACAAGACGAAAGCAGGGAACAUUUAGACAUUUAGAGUGAAUUUUGUUUUUGUUUUUGUGUUUUGUAACUUGUUAGGAAAUGAAAUGAAACAUACACACAGAGCAAAUUAAGCCGUCGGCGAGCACGAGUACACUUAAUUUUGUCCAAUGGCACAUGUACGACGAUUUGUACCGUUCAUUUUCAUUUUAAAUGGACCAAAAUCAAUUUAGAUUUUAGUGAUAUUAAUAGUGACUUAGGUCUGAAUUGAAGACCAUUCUGUGUUAUGCUAUGUUUCAAGAGGUGAAAAGAACAAUAUAUGGAUUCGAAUUAUGCACAUGUGCAUAUUUUAAUAUGUAAGGAAUUGUACCCAUGAUUGGGCCUAUAUUGAAGUGCAUAUGGAGAAAAACAAUGUAAAAUAAAAACAUUUAAACAACGAAAUGAACAAAUUGUGAUGGAAACUAUGCCAAAAAGAAGAAGAAUGUAGAAUGAAAUGGUAUAACAUCGAAUACGAAACAGGUUCAUGCAAAUGAUGAACAAAUCGACACCAACCAGCCGUAGAAGUGGUUGCAACCGAAUGAACAACACCAGUCGACCACAGAAAAACAUCAACAACAAAACUAUUGUGAUCAAAAUCUAGAGAGAACACAACUAAUGCAAUAAUUCUUAACCUAAUUUCCAUUUUGUAGAUAAAAAAAAAAUAGAUGAAAAAAUGUAAAAAAAAACUUCUGAAUUUUCAAAGGCCAAUCUACUGAUAGAAACCGUAGACCAGCCAACAGAAAAAUUGACAGAUCGAAAGUUAUUAGCUGAAGAAUGAAGAAAUUAUUUGAUUUAGGGAUAAUUUGUAGCGAAUAAUCAAAUGUGUAAAUAAUACAGCCAUAUUCGAAAAUAAACUAGUUUCAUUUUGAAUUUAA